UUUUCAUUUUGUUUUUCUUUUUUUGCUUUUUUUUCUCUAAAAAGUAAAUCAUGGACUAGAAACAAUCAAUUCUAUCCUGAAAUUGCCCAUAACUUCCCAUUCUUCAACAAUGUCAAUUCUGCAAAUCAGCUUUCAUUAAUAUCUGUCUCUCUAAUAUGGAGUACUGCAUCCUUUAUUUUUCUUGCUUCCCACCCUUUUCUUAAUUAAUUUUUUCCUUUUCAAAGUUCCCUUUUUAGGGGGUAACCCAAAACAAAACUCAAAAAAUAAAUAAAAAAUAAUCACUCUAAAAAAACCUAGAACCUUGUGAUCAGUAGUGAGUACCUUAUUUUAUAUGACCCCCAAUAACAGGUGGGGCAUUUUCUCCUAUCUACACCAAUCAAAGUGCUCAAAAUAACAUUUCUUUAUUCCUCAUAUUUUUAUUUUUAUUUUAUUUUUUUCUGUUGGAUAAUCAAACCCACUCCACAUUAGCAUGGUCAGCAUGACUCAGCAAAACAAGUUUUUUUUAAAAAAAUUUUAUUUUUAUUUUUGCUCCCCUUCCUGAAUAAAUUCCAGAACUUUCCAAGGCUCCUCAUCCCAAUAUAUCAACCAAAAUAUAAAAAAUUUAACAAAUUAAAAGAGGACACCUACCCAAAUCCACAAAUAAAAUAUUAAGCCUUUGCCAUUUUAGAUGGUUCCUUUCUCCAUCCCUUCUAAACUCUAGAACUUUCUACUCAAAAUUAUAUUUUAAUUAUUAUCAUAGGUUAUAUAAGUUUCUAUUUAAGGGUCCAAAUGUCACACUUUUUAUAUCCCCUCAACCUUAUUAAUCACAUUAUCUCCCCCAACAAAUCAACAAUAACUGCCAAAACCUACCUUCUUCUUUCCAAGCAGAGCUAAAACAGAGCAUGUCUUACUGUCUUCCAAAAAUCAUACAACUUUUUUCUUCAAAUUUCCUCAAUUUUCUCUCAAUUUCUCCUCUUUUAUAUACCAAUCAAAGCUUCCUUCUGUUUUUGUAUAAUUUGUAACCUUUCUCUCUCUUCUUUCCCUGCCUUUUAAGUUAUUGAUUUUGAUAUUUUCUGUACAAAGUUGAUCAAAUUUCAUCUUGGUUUUUUGCUUAAUUCCCUUUCAAUUUGAAGAAUUGGAAAUUUGAAUUUCAUCUGAUUUGCUUCAAUUUCAAUAAUUUCACUUCAAUUUGAGUCACAUUGUGACUCAAUCUUUGAAAAAAAAUUGCUUUUUAUCUUUGACUAAUCACCAAAAGUAAAGCAUACCCAGAAAAAUUCAACCUUUGUUAUAACAUUUCAACUAUGAAUCUUUUAUAUCCAGUUAAAAAAGAGUUCCCAGAAUCCAGCUCGACGACGUUGACCUUUUCCGGUGAGAUUUCAAGAAAUUUUCCGGCACCUCAGCCUAGAGAAGGAUUACAUGAAGUGGGUCCACCUCCAUUUUUAACGAAAACAUAUGAAAUAGUUGAUGAUCCAAGUACUGAUAGUAUAGUGUCUUGGAACAGAGGAGGUCAAAGCUUUGUGGUUUGGGAUCCUCAUGCUUUUGCUUCUGGUUUACUUCCUAGAAAUUUCAAGCAUAAUAAUUUCUCUAGCUUUGUCAGGCAGCUUAAUACUUAUGGUUUUAGGAAGAUUGAUCCUGAUAGAUGGGAAUUUGCAAAUGAAGGGUUUUUAAAGGGGCAAAAGCAUCAACUGAAGAACAUAAGGAGAAGGAAACACUCAUCUAAUCCCAUGUUUUCUCAACAGGGAGUGAUAGACCCUUGUGUAGAGCUAGGUAGAUUUGGGGUUGAUGGUGAAGUGGAUCGAUUGCGACGCGAUAAACAAGUGUUAAUGAUGGAAUUAGUGAAGCUUAGACAACAACAACAGAACACAAGAUCAUUCUUGCAAGCAAUGGAACAAAGAUUACAAGCUACUGAGAUGAAGCAACAACAAAUGAUGAACUUUUUAGCUAGGGCAAUGCAAAACCCUGCAUUUCUCCAACAGUUAGUCCAACAAAAGGAGAAAAGGAAAGAACUUGAGGAAGCAUUAAGCAAGAAAAGGAGGCGGCCUAUUGAUCAAGGGCAAAAGGGUCAUUUACACUGUGGGGAGUCAAGUGGGUAUGCAAGUGUAACAAGUGGUAGUAGUGUACCUUUAGGAAUGGGACAUGUUAAGGCUGAGCCAUUAGACUUUGGUUCUUAUGGGUAUGAUCAAUAUGAUCCUCUUGGUCCAGUUUCUGAGCUUGAGGCAUUAGCCCUUGAGAUGCAAGGUUAUAAUAGGGGAGGGACCGAGCUGGGGGAGGGACAGCGUGGUGGUUUGGACCAAUUUGAAGGCGAUGAUAAAGAACUCGAUGAGGAAUUUUGGGAGGAGUUACUAAAUGAAAGGUUUAAGGCUGCUGCCUCUAGUGAUCAAGGGGGCGAAGAGCAGGAGGAUGUGAAUGUGCUAGCUGAUAGAUUGGGGUACUUAGGUUCAAGCCCCAAGUAGAUGGUUCAUUUCUAUGGUAGGAUUUUAAUCAGUUGAUGCUCGCUUAAAUAUUUGCCAUGUUUUUGUGUAGCUUAAUGUGUUUGUUUCAUUUACAGGAGAGGGGGAAGAACCUAUCUGCAGCCAACAAUAACUAUUUAGAGGAAGAUUUAAAAUGCUUAAAUUUCAAGUCUUUUUCUAAUGAUUCCUCUCUUUGUUUUCGGUUCAAGUCUUUGGACUUUUCGAAUUUUCCUUCUCAUUUGUGUUUACAUAUUGUAGGAAUGCAGGAAUAUUUCAGAAUGUAGAAGCUAAGUUGAAGUUAUUUGCACCAAAAUUGUGCAAAGAUUGAUUGGAUGAAGUUCAAAUCGAAAAGAGCUUGCUGUGCCAACAAAUCAACAAGAUUGAGAACAUGGUAGUUUAAUUUCUGGUUGAAAAUUUUUUAAGUUUUGUGGCUUUUGGUCAGGAUUCAGCUGGGGAAUCCUGGUUUAUUCACUGCCUUGUAAAUUGCAAGUAUCACACACCAGUCAUUUCUUUUUCCACAAUGUCCCUAUCACCCCCAUUAGUGAUUAGACCCCCUAACACUUUCUCUCUUUCCACCCCUUCCCCCUACACCACAUCCCCACUGUUCCUGCUGUUUUCGACGUGUUUUUUUUUAAAAGAAAAUAUUCGGAAAGAGUUUGAUGGAUGUUUUUUCAUUAGCCCAUGAGGGGACGAACAAAUUCCACGUGUUUCACUUUGGUCAUGGACUUGUUCGUCUAGCACCCUAGCUUAUGGGGCAUAUGGUUAUAUGAAUAAGACCUAUGUAGUGGCCAUGUAGGUCUUAUUUGUUUCCCCAUGGGUUUGUUGGAGAAAAAACUUUUGUCCAUCCCCUUGUAUUUACUUUUAAAAAAAAAAUUGUCGAGUGAUGGUUGCAGCAGUGAGGAUGCCAAGUGCUCACAACGUGAAGAACUUGGCUAAAAUUGUGGAGGGGGUGUGACCUUUGUGAGGUUACUUUUUUUUUUUUUUUUUUUUUUUUUGGGGGGGGGUUGCUUGAAGGGGGUGUGGAUGUGAGUCUGCGAGAUGGUGGUUCACAAGGCAGGGUUGUGGUGGUGACGAGGGAUUGGGAGGGAGGGAUAUGUGGCGGGGAGAAUUUUGGAGUGGGGAAGGGGGGAUAUAAGAUGAUAAUUAACUGUUGAGUUUUACUUGGUGCACAAAACUCUACAUUACCAUAUUGAGAGAAAAGCAUACCUCUAGUAGCCAAGAUUAGAAGAUGUAUAAAUCCAGUGGUGAAACUAGAGAUUUAACCCUUGUAUUAAAUGAGCGUAUUGUCGUAUUGUAUAUAACUUGUUCAGUAUUUUCAAAUUACAUUAAAGUCAAUUAUUUGUGGAGUUGACUUUUAUAUAAUUUGGGGUGACUAAACAUGUUGUAUACAAUAUAUUUUGCGUACAAAUGCACCAAAAGAGAAUUAGAGAUAACAAAGCAAGCAAAUUAACCCCAACUUUUUAUAGAAUUUGUGGGGAUUGGAGGGGACAGGAUUCCUUGUUGGUCUCCUGAGUAGAGACUUUUUCUUAAAAAUCCGAUCAUCAACAUAGUGUAUUACAUUACCUGCUAACACUGCAAGUACUACAUAGUAACAGGUGUGUUAUUAUCAAGGAAGACCAAAUGUUCCUAAAUUUUAGAACUCGAUUUAGUCAAUGGUAACUAGUAUUGACUAUAUCUUACUGUUCAAUGGAUUUAAAAUUUCUGAACUUAUGGUUGUAUUAAGUACACUGCUACACACUGUAUAAUGUGCACGUACCAAACAUAAGAAUUCGUUUGACUUUGACUUAGACUUACCAGAGAAGGAAAGGUUACUAGCUACAGUAUUUGUAAAUUGUAAUCAUAAACCAAUUCAAUUCAACUCCUUUCAAGGCCUUUGUCAAAUUCUUUGCAAGAUGGCUGGUUACUGAUUUGGUUGUAAACAUUAGUCUCCCGCGUUUUUAUAUGUAUAUUACACUGUUAUUACAAAAUAAAUCGAGCUGUCAACUA